AUUAUAAAAGGUUCCUACCUUUGAUGCGUGAAAAGAUGGUGACCUACUGAUAACGAAGUUCUGUGAUAAAAAUUGUGAGUGUGGAAGAACCUUUUCUGUCAUACAAACGUUAAUAUCCUAGAUACAGGCAAUGCAUUGGAGCUGGAUACACUUGCAACAAUCAUGAUAAAUACAUCUGUAUGUGUUAUAAUUAUUUGAGUAUUUUAAUAUCCGAUCAUUAGAAAGGAUACCUAUAGCAGUAGUGUUUUUAGUAUGUGAAAACGAUAAAGUUUUUUAAAUCAUAUUGUACUGUAUUUAAUCGGUAAUGUGUGUAUUUACUACUAAUUAUAUAUGUAAAACUUACAUAUAAAUAGUUAAGAAAUUAUGAAUUCUCAAAAAUUAUCUUAUUAAAAUAUACUAAAUUGUAUACAAUGUCUCAUUGUGAAGAAGAAGUGGCAUCGUCUGGUUUUCACCAAUUAAGCAUUACAAUUGAAGGUGCUAUAUUAAGAAGUUCUACAUUUUUAAAGCCUAAUCCUUACAUUGAAUUUUCUGUUGAUGAUAAAAGUCCUCGAAAGACAGAAGUUUCAAAAUCCACAUAUCAACCAAAAUGGAACGAGGAAUUUACAAUACUUGUAACUCCAUAUUCUCAAUUACAUUUUCGAUUGUUAGAUCACAGUACAUUCCGAAAAGAUACUUUAAUUGGAGAAAAAAAAAUAAGUCUUUCUCAAGUAUUAUCUCAUUAUAAUGGGAAGUUAGAAAAUAUGGAAGUAACGUUUGAUUUAAUGACUGAAAAUAAACAUGAUUCUCAGUUAUGUAAGGUUGGAGAAUUGAUUACAGUAUUUGAUGGAUUAAGAAUUAACAUGCCAAAUACGUCAUCACUAACUAUUAAUGAAUCACCAUCGUGUCAGAUGCAAUCUGGCUGUAUGCCUUAUGAUGGUGUUUCAAAUAAUGAUGCUGUUAGUAAUAGUAGCAUUCUUAAUGGAGGGAUUCGUGCUCGCAUGAGAUUACAUGAACCUAAACAUGUUGCAUCAUCUACAUUUCAUGGAACAUUACCAAAUGUUUAUCAGAACUCUACUUAUAGUAGUGGAAGUGAACAGGCCAAUGCCAAUAAGAAUAAUGAACAAAUUGAGCCCGCUGCGUCGAAUUCAUUAUCAAAUGGGCAUGCAAUAUCGCCUGCAGACAAAUCCAUUGUAACAUUACCAGGACGUUUUACAGGAUCUUUGCCAGAUGGACGUCAAAUGUCUCGAAUAGAGCAUGUAUCGACAUCUGGUAUAGUAGAUGGAAGACUUGGUACAGUAGAUGGAAGAUUUGGUACAUGUACAGAACAAUAUCCAAAGGUUUCUGUCUCGGAAAGUCGUAAUAUUUCUCAACUUGAACAAUCAACAGUAUUACCUGGAACAGUUGGAAUACCUAGAUCAGAUCAAUUAACUGUAGUUAAUACAGAUAUAUGUUCACAUAGUAGAACAGACCAGUCUAUUUCUAAUGAACGUAACUCUCGAACAGAACAAUCUGUAACUGGUCCUCUUUCAGAUAGUUAUGGAACUAUGAGAACGGAUCAAGAUACUACUCCUUUAGUAGAUGGAUGUACAAUUUCUAGAGUAGAUCAACUUAGACAUUCUGGAUUAACUGAUAGUCAGGGACAUUCUCAGACAGAGCAAUCUGUAGUAUUUACUUUAUCAGAUGGUUCUCAUUUAGAACAACCUACAGUGUUUCUUAUGACAGAUGGACGUGGAAUCGCACGUUCAGACCCAUCUUCGAUAUUAUCCUUGGAUGAUGCACGUAGAAUUUCUCGUACUGAACAAUAUACAAAUCCUACAACUACUCGUUCAAAUUCCCGAGUAGUACAACGGGUCGCUCCAUUAACAGGACAAACUACUAUGAUACCUGGUCAGUCAACUCAACCUGAAUCUUCAAUAGUACUUGCUGAAGUUGGUCCUACAAAUCAUUCUGAAGAGCCAUUAGCUCCUGGUUGGGAAAUGAGAUAUGACAUUUAUGGGAGAAGGUAUUAUGUUGAUCAUAAGACACGAAGCACUUCUUGGGAAAGACCACAGCCUCUGCCACCUGGAUGGGAAGUUCGUAGAGAUCCAAGAGGCAGAAUUUAUUAUGUAGAUCAUAAUAGAAGAACUACAACAUGGCAAAUACCAAAUACAGAAAGAUUACAACAUUUUCAACACUGGCAAGGUGAAAGACAGCAUGUGGUACAACAAGGUAACCAACGGUUUCUUUAUCCCCAAGCACAUGGAAAUCAAGCAGCUAUAGCAGGACCAUCAACAUCAUCCAUAAUCGAUGAUGAUGAUGCUUUGGGACCAUUACCUGCUGGCUGGGAGAGACGUAAACAACCAGAAGGAAGAGUUUAUUAUGUAAAUCAUAAAAAUCGUACUACACAAUGGGAGGAUCCAAGAACACAAGGACAAGAAACUGGAAUUGAUGAACCACCAUUACCAGAUGGCUGGGAAAUGCGAUUAACUGAAGAUGGAGUUCGAUAUUUUGUAGAUCACAAUACAAGAACAACUACAUUUCAGGAUCCAAGACCUGGAGCACCUAAAGGUCCUAAAGGUAUUUAUCGUGUACCAAGAGCAUAUGAAAGAUCAUUCCGAUGGAAAUUAUCACAAUUUCGCUUCUUGUGUCAAACUAAUGCAUUACCGAAUCAUAUAAAAAUUAGCGUCAAUCGACAGACAUUAUUUGAAGACUCUUACCAUCAAAUAAUGAAUGCAGAAGCUUUUGCAUUGAGGCGCAGAUUAUAUAUCAUAUUUAAAGGAGAAGAAGGGUUAGAUUAUGGAGGUGUAUCAAGAGAAUGGUUUUUCCUAUUGAGUCAUGAAGUAUUAAAUCCAAUGUACUGUUUAUUUGAAUAUGCCAACAAGAGUAAUUAUAGCUUACAAAUCAAUCCAGCAUCUUAUGUCAAUCCUGAUCAUUUACAGUAUUUUAAAUUCAUUGGAAGAUUUAUAGCAAUGGCUCUUUAUCAUGGACGGUUUAUCUACAGUGGUUUCACUAUGCCGUUUUAUAAACGUAUGUUAAAUAAGAAAUUGAUUAUGAAAGAUAUAGAAUCCAUUGAUCCAGAAUUCUAUAAAUCUCUUGUAUGGAUAAAAGAAAAUAAUAUCGACGAGUGUGGCCUCGAAUUGUAUUAUAGUGUGGAUUUUGAAAUUCUUGGUCAAGUAAUACAUCAUGAAUUAAAAGAGGGUGGUGACAAAAUUAGAGUUAUUGAAGAUAAUAAAGAAGAAUAUAUUAGGUUAAUGACAGAAUGGAGGAUGACCAGAGGUAUAGAGGACCAAACUAAAGCAUUUUUGGAAGGUUUUAAUUCGGUUGUACCAUUGGAAUGGUUGAAAUAUUUUGAUGAACGUGAAUUAGAACUUAUGCUCUGUGGCAUGCAAGAAAUAGAUGUAGAAGACUGGCAACGCAAUACAAUUUAUAGACAUUAUACACGAAAUAGCAAACAAAUCUUAUGGUUUUGGCAGUUUGUAACAAGAACAGAUAGUGAAAAACGAGCUCGACUUUUGCAAUUCGUAACGGGUACUUGUCGAGUACCUGUUGGGGGAUUUGCAGAACUAAUGGGGAGCAAUGGUCCUCAAAGAUUUUGCAUAGAAAAAGUAGGAAAGGAUACAUGGCUACCUAGAUCACAUACAUGCUUCAAUAGAUUGGAUUUACCACCAUAUAAGAGUUAUGAUCAACUAGUAGAAAAGUUAAACUAUGCAAUUGAAGAAACUGAAGGUUUUGGUCAAGAAUAAUUAGAAAUAUACCUUAUGAAACGUAAUAUACCACUGCCUAUGAAGCGAUGAAGACUAGUAUAGUGGUAUAAGGUUUUAAUGAUUUUAUUUAUCUUGUUCCCAAUAACAAGAUACAAUUGUUAAGUAAAGAAAUUUCUUUAAAUUAAUGAAUUGAAGACGUUUGUAUUACAUCUUUAUAAAAAAUCCUUAUAUUCUUUUUAAUUGAAAAUGUUUUAUUUCAAAAUAUAUUUCAUUUAUUUUAUGUAUGUUGUAAGGGAAUCUAGACAUGUAAAAGUCGUAGAAAAUAUUAAUGAAAUGCACAGAAAAUAUUAACAAAUUUGUAUAUAUUUAGAAAAUAAAGUUUAUAAACAAUUCAUAGACUAAAUGAAAGCAAAGAUGCCAAAAUAAUUAUCUUAUAAUAAUUAAUUUUUUAAAGAUUAAUUUUAUUUUAUUUUCUUGCGUUUUUCUCUCCUAAUAAGAGUUAUAAUGAUAAAAUACAUCCUGUCUUUUAAAUGUUAGAUAUUGAUGCUUUCUACGAUAUUUUAGUAACAGUCCCUAUGGAAGGGCUUGAAAAUUACAAUAACAAAUGCUGUACAUAUUAAGCCAUUAAUAUAUUGUAUUUUAUGUGACAACUCAAUAAUAACAAUUUCAUGUUUUGUCCUAAGUAGUUAUAAAAAACUAUAUUGAAAAAAUUUUGUAGAUACAUUAAGAAAUGAAAAAUACUAGAUCCGAAAAUGGCUAUUUGCAUAAACUAGAUAAUUUAUAAAUAUUUAACAUAUGAGUCUAUAAAGAAAUAAUGUAUGAUAAUUACAGCUUACAUUUCAAGUAAUUCUUUUUACUGCUUGAAAUAUUAUAAACGAAAAAAUACUAUAUUUUAUCGUGAGAAUUUAAUUCUUACAAAUAAUAUUUUUAAAUUAUUAGCAUUUAUUAAUAUUUAUAAUGCAUAAAUUUCAGUUGUUUCUGUAACAGAUACCACUAUAAGAAUGUGGUAUAACAAAAUUAAUGAUAAUAAAAUAAAAUUUUUGACUAUCUCUAUUUGCUUAUAUUGUUUUAUGUUACCAGGUAAUAAAACAUUAGUUUGAAGAUGUCAAAUUAAUAAAAGAUAUUUAUUAUAUACGUUCACAUAAAAAUAUAGCAGGAAAGAUGAACUUAAAGAAAUAUAAAUCCGAAUCCAAAAAUUGAAUGCCUUCAUAGUGAAAUAUUAAUUAACAUUUGUAAAAUGUUUAUUAUAUAAAUUAACGUAUAAAGUGAAUUUUACAUAAAUUUAUUUCAAGAUAUGACACAAUUAUAGAUUAUAAAUUUAUGCUUACAGAUUAUUUUUUAAUUAUUUGUUUUUUGAUUCAAACCAGUCCAUAAUGUCCAAUUUCACUUUUAUGUGCAGAGUUUUGCUUGUGUAUUAUUGUUAUUAAAUUAAUGUUUGAUAUUAUAACUAUUUCUUUUAUAACAUUUACAAUAUACCAGUUUGAAUUUUUUUUAAUUCUAGUAUUCUUUAUAUUAUAAUCUUAGGACUAUAAACAUGAAAUUUGUUAAUGUUUUCAAUAGUAAUUUGUGUGCGCAUGUAUGCAUCCGUAUAUGUACAAAUAGAUAUUGUAAUUAAUGUAAGAAUUAACACAUUUAAUAUGCAUGCAAUAUAAAAUUGUAUAUGUGUGCACACAAAUUAAAUUCAUGGAUUGUGUAUUCAAACAGUAAUAUAAUACAAAAUAAAUGUAUGACAAAUUUAUAAUAAUAUUAAAAAAAAUAAGUUUACUCAUUCAUUGAUAAAUCACUUAAAAUACAUAUAAAUACUUGUAUUAUAACUUCUAUAUAAUGUGUAUUCUAAGUUUCAUAACUUAACAUGUAUACAAUGUAUGAAACUAUUUACUGUUAUCUUCUCAAACUAUUAAAGUGUAAACUUUUAAUUGAA